UUUUAUAUUUAUAUUAAACUAAUUACUAGAUUCUAGCUUUGAACACAGCACAAAAACAUAUUGAAAAAAAAAGCCAUGGCUGAAACAGUAAAAGUCAUUGUACGAUGCCGCCCGAUGAACCAGAGAGAGAAGGGGCUCAACUGCAAAACAGUCAUUGCAAUGGAUACCCCCAGGGGGCAGUGUAGUAUUGUUAAUCCGUCUGACUCGAAAGCUCCACCCAAAAUGUUUACCUUCGAUGGGUCUUAUUUUACUGACUCAACUACUGAACAAAUUUAUGGUGAGAAUGCCUACCCUCUUGUUGAGGGUGUCAUCGAAGGCUAUAAUGGAACAAUAUUUGCAUAUGGCCAAACAGGAUGUGGAAAAAGUUUUUCGAUGCAAGGUGUACAUGACCCACCAACACAAAGAGGAAUAAUUCCAAGAGCAUUUACUCACAUCUUUGAGUCUAUUAGCAUCAAAAACGGCAUAAAGUUUCUUAUCCAUGCUUCAUACCUGGAAAUCUACAAUGAAGAAAUACGUGAUUUAUUGGGUAAAGAUGUCAAGGCAAAACUGGAGCUGAAGGAACAUCCAGAGAAAGGAGUGUAUGUCAAUGGUCUCUCCAUGCAUCCAGUACACAAUGUAUCAGAGUGUGAAAAUAUCAUGAACAAAGGCUGGAUGAAUCGCAGCACCGGAGCCACGUUGAUGAAUGCUGACUCUUCAAGAAGCCACUCCAUAUUUUCCAUCAGUCUUGAGAUGGUGACGCAAGAUGAGAAUGGAGAAGAUCAUAUACGAGCUGGGAAACUGAAUCUGGUGGAUUUGGCUGGCAGUGAGAGGCAGGGAAAAACUGGUGCCACAGGUGAUAGAUUGAAAGAAGCCACUAAAAUUAACCUAUCUCUUUCUGCUUUGGGGAAUGUCAUCUCUGCUCUUGUGGAUGGGAAAUCCAAACACAUACCUUACAGGGACUCCAAACUUACCAGACUUUUACAGGAUUCUCUUGGCGGUAACACUAAGACCAUGAUGGUAGCGUGUCUGUCUCCAGCGGACAAUAAUUACGAAGAGACUCUGUCCACGCUUCGCUACGCUAACAGAGCCAAGAACAUCAAGAACAAACCCAAGAUCAACGAAGAUCCAAAAGACGCCUUGCUGAGGCAGUACCAGGAGGAAAUAGAGAAACUCAAAGCGAUGCUUUCUGGUCAAAUACCUGUAGAUGUCAGUCUCAGCGCAGGUCCAGUGAAGACUACAUCUAAAGAGAGCCAGAAAGAUAUUGAAGUUGUCAGACAAGAACUCGAGGUUGAGAAAGAGAAAAUUAAAGAGGAAUACGAAACUAAAAUGAAUGAGCUAAAAAUAGCCUUUGAGGAAGAAAAGACAAACAAAACCAAACUUCAACAAGACAUGGACAAACUGAGGGCUUUCUACGACAGUAAGAUUAAAAGUGUGGAUGGUCAACUGGCUGGACUACCUUCCACUGACGUCGUGCUAGGGGAGAAGACUCUUAAUGAAGACAAGGAAACAGAUGUCACAUCACAGAGGAGUAAAGCCACAAAGGUGAAAAAGAAGGGAAAUGAUACAAUCUUACAUCCAAGCUCAACAGCUGUUGAAGACUCUGGGAUAGUUGGCCCAGAUAUUUCUGACAUUGGGAAGCCAAUUAUACUGGGACCUGACGGACUGCCAAGAAUUGAAAAAAUUGCAGAAGAUGAAGAGGAAAUCCCCAGUGUUAAAGUUGUUGUCCCAGAAUCCUUGUUUAAAGACCAACAAGAUCAGCUGCAGAAGAUCACCCAGCAGCAACAACAAAACAAACACAAGCGUCAAGCUGAUGAUGAAGUCAUUCACAGGCCGACCUCUUCCCCUGUUUUGGAAGCUGACCUUGAAACAAAACAGCGAGAAGCUUUAGCCAGACUGUUGGCGCUACAAAGUCAGAUGGUGGGUGGAGAGAAUGCUGACAAUGAACAAGUUAAACUUGAACAUGACAAGAAAUUACAGAGGGCCAACAAGAUACGUCAGAAACUGGAUGAGGCCAAUAAAAAUUUAGAAGACGACGGCAUCAUGUUGAGCAUAUUUGACAACGUCCAGGAAGAACUUCACUUUAAAAAUCAAAUUCUAGAAGACAGGAAAUCAAGAAUUGAAAGUUUAGAAAGAGACAUCAUAGACAUUCAGUCCGAGUUUGAGUUUGACAGGAUGGAUUAUCUGGACACCAUAAGGAAACAAGAUCGACAGAUUGCGUAUCUUGAAGCUUUAGUCGAGAGGAUUCAGCCUUGUCUACGCCGCGACUGCAACUAUUAUAACCUAGAUAGAAUUCGCAUGGAAAGUAAAUAUAAUGAUGAGACUGAGAAAUGGAUCCUGCCGAAGAUGGUGAUCGACAGAACUGCACUUCCUGUUUCAGGCACCGUGCUUCCAAAUGGCAAAAUGGAAGGAAGAAAUCGUCAUAUGGGAAUGAACGGAGACUUUGACGAUGAUGUGGAUGAUGAGAAACUCAGAGAAAAACUCCGUAGGUCAGAAGAUCAAAGUCAUUUGCUUCAGCCCCGACGAGCUUCUCAAUUAAUGAAUAUGAAUGAGCCUGUGAAUAAACUUAAUAUGCAAGACAUCCGUAAUUCUCUUCGCCAACCAGGAUCCUUACACUCAACAACUGCAAAUGGGAUGAACUAUCUAGAAGAGGAUGUCAGCAGUGAUCUCCGAGCAGCUCAGGUUCAUGGCCAGAUUCAUUCAGACGAACUGGUUCGCAAGCCAACUCGUUUGGAUGCACUACCGUCCGUCAGUAACAAAAAAUCUCGCAAGAAGAAGAACGGCAUUGACUAUUAUUGACCUUCAGUUUUUUGUUGAUUCGUUGAUUCUUUGUUUUCCGGGUGAUUAUAUUCACGUGUGAUAUUUUGACUUUAUUAGAUUAUUUGUGUAACAUGUUGAUAUCUAAGUGCUCAUGAAAGUUAUCAUUAUUAUUUAUAUACAUCCGUCCUUGACCUUUCUUAUUGAUUUUCAAUGGUCGAAUGGUUUAUUUUUUACAGUAAUAGAAAUAACUACCCACCCCCCCCCACACCCGCUUGAUACUGUACAGGUAUAUCUGGUAUAUCUUACAUGCUUUGAUCUGUGUGUUAAACAUUAAGACCCAAUCAGCUAUUUAGCGUUCUGAGAUAAGUUUUCUUUAACUUUAGUUAACUAUCAUAACAUAGUACAAAGAAAACAAAUUUUAGCCAUAUUCCUUUUUAUUUAUUAAUACUAAGAAUAUGGAAAUAAUUUUUUUUUAUUAAUUCAUACUUAGGAAAUUAUUUUUUUUUAUUAAAUUAUACUAAGGAAAUUAAUUUUUUUUAUUAAUUUAUACUAAGGAUAAGGAAAUUAUUUUUAUGAAUUAAUACUAAGGAUAAGGAAAUUAUUAUUUUUGUAUUAAUUUAUACUAAGGAAAUUAUUAUAUUUUGUUUAAUUUAUACUAAGGAAAUUUUUUAUUUUUUAAAAUUUAUACCAGGUACUAAGGAAAUUUUUGUUAAUUAAAUUAUGCUAAGGAAAUUAUUUUUUUUAUUAAAUUAUACUUAGCAAAUUAAUCCUUUUUAUUAAUUUAUACUAAGGAAUUUUUUUCUAUUCAAUUAUACUUAGCAAAUUAUUUUUUUUAUUAAUUUAUACUAAGGAAAUUAUUUUUUUUAUUAAUUUAUACUAAGGAAAAUAUAUCUGAUACACAAUCUUAAAUAGGAUACUUUAUGAGGAAAAGCCUUUCAAGUCUUGGCAAUAAGGAAGAAGUUUGAUCUAUUUUUUUACCUAUCUCUAGGCCAUUCAUUUUUCCUUACUGUUGAACUAUCAUUAAUUUGCUAGGAUUGGCAAUGUUGUUUCAUUAAUUUUUUAGGAGCCAAAUGAGUUAUUUUCUAAGAAAUGUCUUCUAUGUUUGAUAGUGUGCAAUACAGAUGUCACAUAAAAGUUACAGUGUGUGUGUGUGUUUUAGAUGCCAAAUGAUGUGUACAUAUACAAUGUUAUCACUUGCAUAGAAAUCUUUUGCGAAUCUUGUACUUUUGUGGAAAUCACAAUUGCGUGAUAGCUCAGACUGAUGACACUGUUGCAUAUGGCAGUCCUAGCAGUAAUGAGCUUACCUAACAAUAAAUUUUAACCAUGUCAGUGAACAGUGGCAGCAAAGUGGCUAACUUCCUAGCCUUCAAAUGCAAUGCUUCAGAGAUUUACAGUUUAAAUUGCUUUUUAUAAGUUUCUGUGUUCCUUCAGAAAGGAAGAUUAUUAACUCUUCAUCUCCGUAAUUAUUUUCCAUGUUCUGACAGGAUUGUUUGUUUUUCACAUUUGUACAUUCUACCCUGUUAUGAUAAAACUUCAAUAACAUUUUUGUUUGUAAUCAGGAAAUGUUACUUUUGAUACAGAAUUAUAGGAGAGUGCAUGCUCCUUUUUAUAAAACACAAAAUUAAAGUUUAUAAAAUCUAAUAUUAAUUGAAUUUAAUGGGGUCAAUUCAAUGAUGGUAUAGUUAAUUAGGAGAGAAAGAGUUAAGGUCUAGCCCAAACCUCUUUCAGGAUGAAGGAAAUGGAAGCAGACUCGGGACUGCCAUAAUGACAGACCAAGUGCAUCUGACAUGACCAUGCAUUCAAUUAGUACAGUGCUCGAGUAAUGACAUCCAGUAUCGACAAAAGCAAUUACAUGUGUUCCUUAUUUUGUUAAGAUAAUGAUAUGCACGCAUGUUAAGAAGUCUCAGCUAAUAGUCAACAAUCAAUUUUUUUAAUUAUCAUAUUACAUUGAUGCUUUUUUUUUGUCAAUCUUAAAUCAUUUUCAGCCAUGCAACAAAAUGCCCUGGUUAUGAAUUCAUCUGAACAUUUUUAUUGUAGUUGAGAAGUUCAUUCCUGUUCAAUAUUGUGAUAGAAGCUAUAACAUCUUCGACUUUAAUCGUCUCAUUGGUUAGCUAUAAACAUUUCAACUGAUUUGUAUAAAUAUAUUUAUAUGUUUUUUUGUUGAAAACAACCACAUUCCAGUUCAUAGUUUCCUUAAUUUGUUUAAAUAUUAAAAUAGUUGAAGUUUGAAUAGCAUACAAAAUACUAACACUUUAUUAAAAUAGAAAUAUGAUGUUUUUUUGUUUAAACAUAUUUGGCAUUGAAGAUUGAUUCAGUAUAAAAUGUUUUAAAUACACAUUUGGGAAACUUUGUUGAGACUUUUAGGUGCAAAAAAACAAACAAAAAACUAUUAACAAUACUCAAUCACAUAAACUUGACUUGUAUGUGACUAUAUUAUGUUAGUGAUCAAAGUCAUUCAUUCUUCGUUAUAUUUCCUCCAUCUCUAUACGUCGUUACAUUGUAUUUUCCGUCCAUCCAUUUCAUUCAUUAAAAAUACUUCAGUCCAACCUAUUACCUUUUUUUUUUUUACUGUUUGUUAAAUGUUAGUAAGUACUUCCAUUACCAGAGUGUGUUGUCAUCCACAUUUAUUUAAAAUUUGAUCUGUUAUUUAUUCAAAGAUCGUUGAAAGAUUUUAAAUUGUUUACUAAAAAAUUUUAUUUUAUUAACAUUUAUUUGGUGAAGAUUUUU